AUGGCAACCUCUGGAGAAGGCAACCAGCCCAAGAAAGCAGCAACGCAGCAGCAGCAUCAGUCUCGGAUGGCCCGGAGACGCCUGUCCCAGGCCCGCCAUCGGGCCACCAUGAUGUGGCUCUUCAGCAAACUAAGAAAGAAGCUUUACUACCAGUCAGAUCUCAUAGCCUCAAAGUGGCAGGUCUUGAAUAAGGCGAAGAUGUACAUUCAGGAACUGGAACAAACCCUGGAUAAUGUGCUGAAACUCAAAGAAUCCUUCAACCUGGAGGAUGGGAAUGCAAACAGCUUAGAGGAGGUCAAGGAAGUAUAUGCCAGAAAUUACUCUGAAAGUGACAGUAUGGCCUUAAGCAAUUUUCUUGAGAAUAGCUCCCCAGCACGGUGCCCAGCAGAGGCAGCUGGCGAUGAUGCUAUGGAAGGACAGAAUGAGGAAGAGCGAGAGGAAGACCAACAAGAGGAAGAGGAGGAAGAAGAGGAAGAGGAGAAGAGAGUAGAUGACUUACAUUCUGAAGGAACUUUAUCACCAGACCUCCUGGAAUUUGAACGGUACCUCAACUUUUACAAGCAGGUGAUGGACCUUCUGAUGGAGAACUCCAUCAUCUCCCCUCAGGACGUGACGCGCCCCAUCGUCUCGGCGGCCAUCUCCCACCUGUGGCAGAGCCUCUCUGAGGAGAAGAAGGCCAAUCUCCUGCAGGCCUGGGAGCAGCGACACAGCGGCCUCCCUGACCUCAAAGAGGUGGCCUGCCUGGAGCUGGCCUAUCUGGAGAACAGCCCAGAGGACAGUGGAGUGGACAGCCAAGGUGCCAGCUGUUCACUGGCCUCCACCCCUGAGGAGAUCCUUUUUGAAGACGCCUUCGACGUGGCAAGUUUCCUGGACAAAAGUGAAGCUCCAGGGGUCUGUAGUCUCAGCAGCAUGGAGCAGCCCGAGGAGAAGUUUCAGCUCUACAUGCAGAUCAUCGACUUUUUAAAAAGCCUUUGCUGUGUCAACACCCAGUUACACCAGGAACCAGCGCCUCCCGCUGAUGAGGAGAUGAUCAAGCUGAAGUGCAUGGAGACCUUCGAUGAUGAAGACAUGUAAUGCGGCCGCCUGCCAGGGAAA